UUUAGUCACUAUGAACAAGACCGUAGUGCACUUAAAAAAAGGGAAUGGGAACGGAGGAAUCAAGAAGUCCAGCAAGAAGACGAUCUCUUUUCUUCAGGCUUUGAUCUUUUUGGGGAGCCCUACAAGACAAACAAAGGGGAUGCACUUGCCAACAGAGUCCAGAACACGCUGGGGAACUAUGAUGAAAUGAAGGAUUUGCUAACUAGCCAUUCUAAUCAGAAUCAUCUAGUGGGAAUCCCAAAGAAUUCUGUGUCCCAGACUCCCAUCAACAAAAAUGAACCAAGCUUUUUCUCAGAACAAAAGAACCGAAUGAUCCCACCUUACCAGGAUAACACUCACCUCUCUGGACCAAUGCCUCCACCUUCUGUUGUGAUACUGAAUUCAACUCUAAUACACAGCAACACGAAAUCAAAACCUGACUGGCCACGAGAUAGUCAUAACACUAGCAUUGUACCAGCUAGCCAGACCAGUAGUCAGCCAAACAAGAUGCAGCCAUCAACACAGGAUCAGCCCCAACCUAGACUGGAAGACUACUUUGUUUACCUGGCUGAACCACCUCAAGUUGGAGCACUUGAAGAAUCAAACCCAUCAUCAAAAGAAGGCAGUUAUCUCAAGUCCAGUGGAGGUGAUUCAUUUAAAGAAAUAUUUCAAUCUAAUUCACCAGGAGCAUCUGAAUUUACAGUGCAAGUGCCUGGGUCUCCCCUACUCGCCUCCUCUUUAUUGGCUCCUAGCAGUGGCCUUUCAGUUCAAAACUUCCCACCAGGGCUUUACAGCAAAACAAGCAUGGGGCAGCAAAAACCAACUGCAUAUGUGAGACCUAUGGAUGGCCAGGACCAGAUACAAGACAUAUCUCCAACACUGAAACCUUCUAUUGAAUUUGAGAACAGUUUUGGGAAUCUGUCAUUUGGAUCCCUCUUGGAUGGAAAACCAAGUACGACCAGUUCAAAGACUAAACUGCCCAAGUUCACAAUUCUCCAAACUAGUGAAGUAAACCUUCCCAGUGAUCCAAGCUGUGUUGAAGAAAUCUUGAGGGAGAUGACACUUCCCUUGUCUAUUCUUCUCACUUCCAUGCAUACCCCUGAAAACUCUGAGCAGAACACAUUUUCCAUUCUAGGGCAGGAAUCUCAACAUCUGACUCCUCCAGGAUUUACCUUACAAAAGUGGAACGACCCAACCAGCAGAGCUUCUACAAAGAUGCUUGAGGACGACCUGAAGCUGAGCAGUGAUGAAGAUGACCUUGAGCCUGUGAAGACCUUGACUACUCAGUGCACUUCCACUGAGCUCUACCAGGCUGUUGAAAAGGCAAAACCUAAGAAUAAUCCUGUGAACUCAACCUUGGCCAACCCUCAGCCCCCACCUGCAGUGCAAGCCAGUGGGGGAUCUGGCAGCUCCAGUGACUCAGAGAGCAGCUCAGAGUCAGAUUCAGACACUGAAAGCAGCACCACGGACAGUGAAUCCAGUGAUUUGCCUCCUGUGGCAACACCAGAGCCUGAGCCACCCUCAACCAACAAGUGGCAGUUGGAUAAGUGGCUUAACAAAGUGACAUCCCAGAACAAAUCAUUUAUUUGUGGCCAAAAUGAGACACCCAUGGAAACAAUUUCUGUGCCUCCUCCAACCAUCCAACCAAUGGAAGUCCAGGUCAAAGUGAAAACAACCCCCAACCAGAUCCUGGCAGAACCCAAAGAGAGGCCUCUCCUCAGUCUCAUCAGGGAGAAAGCUCGUCCACGGCCUUUCCAGAAAACUCUAGAAACAAAGGCUUUGAAGCAUAAGUUGUCAGAAACUAUUGAGACAUCUUCUCAAAGGACAAUUGGGAAAAAACAGCCCAAAAAGUUUGAGAAGAACACUGGCAUUGAUGAGUUGACCUGGCCCAAACCAAAUAUUACUAGCAGCACUCCCAAAGAAAAAGGAAAUGUGGAGCUUCCUGACCCACCAAGAAGCCGCAACAAAGCCACUGUCAACAAACCAAUCCCUAGGAAAGAACCAAGGCUUAACAUCCCAUUGGCCUCAGAGAAGAAGAAAUAUAGAGGGGCUGGGAAAAUCGUACCAAAGUCCCGGGAAUUCAUUGAAACAGAUUCGUCUACGUCUGAUUCCAGCACAGAUCAGGAAGAAACCAUACAGAUCAAAGUCCUGCCUCCUUGCACUGCUACUGGGGGCAAUUUUGUCAAAUCCAAGGAAACCUGUGGUGGUAACCUGAUCCUCAGCACCCUAAACAGCAGCAACAAUAACAAUUUAUCCAUCAAUAAUGAGGAGCCAACUUUUUCAUCCAUCCCUGUAAUGCAAACUGAGGUUCUAUCUCCACUAAGAGAGCAGGAAAAGCCAAAAAAUCUCUGGGUAAAGAUUGACCUUGACUUACUAUCUAGAGUGCCUGGCCACAACUCACUCCAAGCAGCACCAGCCAAGCCUGACUACAAAGAGGCUUCCUCAAAACCCAGGCGUCAGAUUGCAACCGCAGCUGUGGAAAAACCCACACUUAAGGGCAAGAGGAAGCACAAGCCAACAGAAGUUGCAGAAAAAAUCCCAGAGAAGAAGCAACGCCUGGAAGAGGACACCACUAUCUGCCUGCUACCCCCUUGCAUCUCACCAGCCCCAACCCACAAGCCUUCUUACACUAAAGAAAAUAAGUCAUCCAGGAGAGCAAAUAGAAGAAAAGAAGAAAGGCUGUUCCCUCCUUCACUAUCUCCACCACCAGAGGAUCUUCCACGCCGCAGAAACAUCAGUGGCAAUAAUGGUUUCUUGAGUCAAGACAAAAACAUCCCGAUGAUUGGACAGUACACCUCUGCCAAAGCUAAGAGGAGUGAAGGCAAAUUCUGUGCUACUUUCAAGGGGAUAUCUGUAAAUGAGGGAGACACUCCAAAAAAGGCAACCUCUGCAACCGUUACUGUCACCAACUCUGCUAUUGCCACUGCCACUAUUACCACCCCCGUCAUAGCCACUGCCACUGCUACUGCUACAGCUACUACCACAAGCACUACCACUACCACUACCAUUUCCACCACCACCUCUACCAUCACUACUGGCCUAUUGGGUAGCAGUCACCUGGAGAUGACAUCGUGGGCAGUCCUGCCCCUUCUUUCCACCAGCACCACCAGUGUCCGGAGACCCAAACUCACUUUUGAUGACUCGAUUCACAAUGCUGAUUAUUACAUGCAAGAUGCUAAGAAGCUGAAGCACAAAGCUGAUGCACUGUUCGAGAAAUUUGGCAAAGCUGUGAAUUAUGCUGAUGCAGCCCUGUCUUUCACUGAAUGUGGCAAUGCCAUGGAGCGUGACCCCCUCGAAGCAAAGUCUCCGUAUACCAUGUACUCCGAGACUGUGGAGCUUCUCAGGUAUGCAAUGAGGCUGAAGAACUUUGCAGGCCCCUUGGCUUCAGACGGGGACAAAAAACUGGCAGUAUUAUGCUACAGAUGUUUAUCACUUCUCUACUUACGGAUGUUUAAACUGAAGAAGGACCAUGCUAUGAAGUACUCUAGAUCCUUGAUGGAAUAUUUUAAACAAAAUGCUUCAAAAGUCACUCAGAUACCAUCUUCAUGGGUAGGCAAUGGAAAGAACAAUUCAUCUCCAAUGUGUCUCAACAAUGCCUCUCCCAUCGAUGCAACGGGGAAUUAUAACAAUGGCCCAGUCACCAUUCCCCAGCGCAUUCACCAUAUGGCUGCCAGCCAUGUCAACAUCACUAGCAAUGUGUUACGGGGCUAUGAACACUGGGACAUGGCCGACAAACUGACAAGAGAGAAUAAAGAAUUCUUUGGAGAUCUGGAUACAUUGAUGGGGCCUCUGACCCAGCACAGCAGCAUGACCAAUCUUGUCCGCUACGUUCGCCAGGGACUGUGUUGGCUACGCAUUGAUGCCCAUUUGUUGUAGUGGGUGCUCCCCAAUCUCCAGAAUUACCAUCCAUCACUCUACCUCUACCAGAGUAUUAAUGAUUACUGGUGGAACUCCACUCAUUUGGAAAGUUCUCUUUAUGUUUGUUUUUGUGCUUUUCUUGAAUUCUGUGAAAAACAGAAAUUAUUGUAAGUGGACACUACAACUUGAGAACAGUGUAUGUUUUAUUACUUAGUCUUUUUUUGUUUUUGUUUUUUUUAGUAUUUUGUAUGCAUUUAGUAGAUCCUACCAUCCUUUUGUGCUGGAUGAAAUUACACAAUCCACACAACCCAAAACAAGGGAUGAAAAAUACUUGCUAUAAUAAGAGGUCCCUGAGAAAUGAAAUCAUAUAUACAUAUAUAAAUUUAAACACAAAGGAUUAGCAAGUAUUCAAGUUUUUGGCAAUAGGCAUUUUCUAAACUACAAUAUAUUCUUAUGUCCAGAAAAUAAUGUAUUUUAAAAUCCAUUGUUAAACGUUUGUGGUUCCUAUAAACUUGAUCUUCAGGUGAGAGUUUUCAUUGUCAAAAUCCACUACUUAAAUGUAGCAAUAUCACGAAAUCAAUCAUUAAGAAAAUAAAUUAUCAUAGCAAUGUCACUCUUAAAACAAUAUUGUGUCAAACACCAGAAGACAAUUUUUGUUAGCAUCUCACUCCCUGAUUCCCUAAUUUAAAAUUUUUAAUAAUCAGCAGUGGCAACAUUUGUUUGGACAACUUUAAAGCAUCAGCUAGCAUAAAUCUUUUUGAACUCCAUGAUUUGAAAUGUAAAUAUUCACCUUGAAUUCUCUUUGUGUAAAGCUCUUCUUUUGGGGGUUAGUUUCGUGCACUCCCUAGUAGCCAAAAUGCUAGUAGGUAGGUCCAAAAUUGUCAGGAUUUUUUUUUUUUUAUUGCAUUGUGCUCAAAUCUCUAGAAGCAAAUGUCAAGUUGUCACUACCUAGAAAUAAUAAUAUACAUUUUGCUUUCUAGUGGCUUUAAAAUAUGGACUUUGCCAAUUACUAUCCCAAUCUCUACAUAUAGGAUAUCUUUUCUUCUUUUUCUUUUUUCUAUUCUAUUUCUUUUUUUUCCUUUUUGGGAAGCUCAUUAGAUUUUAACUGAAAUAUAAUCACUGAUUUUAUUAAAGUCUCUAUGAAUAUGAACCAUUUCCAUUUAAAUUCCAAAGAUAGGUCCACAUUUUCUAAGUAGUAGAACUCACCUUUUCACAAAACAAAACAAAACAAAACAAAAAAUAGUCUUGAGGCAAUGUUUUAAUCUAGGAUUUAAAAAAAAAAUCCUGAAGAUUAGAAGAUUAGGAACAGUUUACCCAAUUGGAACAUUUCUAGAUCAGUUACAAUUAUCUCCACCCCUUAUAACCCUGUACAUCCAUUUUAUGGCCCUAAACAUUACAAUGUAAAUAUCAUCUUUGGUAUUUCAGCUCACCAGAAGAAUUCCCCACAUGUGCAAGUUGCUAUCUAUGCAUUAGUUCUGUAUAAUUACCUGUUGGUAUAUAAUUCCUCGUAGCCAUUAAUUUGCUGAGUUAUUGAAUUCUGUUCACUGUUAAUGACAAGUUAAGUAAUAGAUAUACCCACAUGAAAUAUGAAAACUUAUACGACUUUUAAACCAACUCAUGCAAGUUUGUGAUUAGAACAGCAAAGGAUCACUCUGCACUCUUAUUGUCAAGGUUAGAUAUCACCACAGUUGCAACAGAACCAGACCUAAGCUCUUCUCUGGUCAUCAUUGAGUUUAAGGUCCUUUGUUGUAUAAUAAGGUUGUAACAAUUUACUCCAAUGGCUGAGGCCACAUUGUUAAAAUGACUGCUGGGAAUGUCCCAGUAGCUGAACUCAGCACUUUUUAUGCUCCCAGUGUGGUUGAGCUUUAUGUUCACAGUCUCAGCAACAAUACUACCACAUGCAGACACACAGAGAUAAAUGAAACAUCAGAGAAUCUUUUCUGAGUUUCUUAAAUUAGGAAAAUAAUAAUAUGAAAGACUCCAAUCACCCAAGGUGAGUGUCAUAUAUACAAAUUAGGCUGAUGGCUUUGCAUUGAUCCAAGUUAUCUGCAUUUAAUGGCUAGAGGGUAUGACUAUUAUUAUACAGAGUGGGGCAAAAUUAGGUUUACAGUUGUUCAUAUGGAAAAUAAUACAAUAAUUAAUAAAUAAUGAUACAAGAAUAAACUCUAAAUUUUAUGUACUCAUGACUUUAACCUUACUUUUGCCUCACCCUAUGAAUGAAGCCCAUUGGCUUGCCUUACAAGUUCAACCCACAUCACAUUCUGAGACGAUCAUGGAUUUAGGAACAGAUUCUACUAGAAAUUAAACCACCAGAAACUAGAUAUUAGAAUGCAAGGGGCAAUUUCCCAGGUAAGCAAGCAUAUUGUCUCAUGUAAGUGAAACUUGUAGCUCUAGUUUCAAUAAGUUGCUAUGUCUACUUUACAUACCACAGGGAGGUAGCAGAGAAUCCUGCUCCCUGAUGUCAUCUCUGGUGGCUGAAGGUAGCAUGUGCCAAGUCAGCAGCACAAUGAUCAAAUCUGACAGUUGAGCUCAGGAUCACCAGGAGAUUAUUUCAUAUACCCAUUUGUAAAGCAACUUAGAAACCAAUUAGGCAUGGAGAU